AUGUGCAAACACAUCCUCAACGCACAGGUCUCGGUGCGAGCACCGUGCUGCCAAAAAUUCUUUGAUUGUCCGGAGUGCCACUCCGAGACGCAAGAUCACCCGCUCCGCAAGACGACUGAGCUGGCGUUUAUCUGCAAAAAGUGCCGCCGGGCAUUCAGAAAGGAGCUCUCUCAGUACGAGGAGUCGGACGAGUACUGCCCACACUGCGACAACCACUACGUGAUCGAGGCCAAGACGGCGACCCCGAUGCUCAGUAUCGAGGGCGAAGAUGCCAGAAUGGACAGCCGGAUGCUCAAGGAUGACCGGGAAAAGUACGAUGUGCGGCGAGACUUUUACGCCCACCGGAUCGCGGCGCAAGAGACGGAGCGCAUCGAUGAGGGAGGAUGGAUGCAGGCGCUCAAAGACCGCGCAGAGGGCAAGCUGGGGCCGGAUGGCCUUCCGAUGCAGUCGACGCUGCCGCUGGGCCAGGACGGGAAACCGCUGCUCGACGCCUCCGCCCUGACCGGCGGCGGGGCGUCGUCGACCAACUUUAACGACGACGACCUCGACUGGAGCUGA